CAUUUUUUCAGUUCAACUGAUGGCAUCGAUCGUUCCGCCAUCUUGAAAACGUGUUCUUGUGUGUUUCCUCCAUCCACCAUCCCAACUUUGACCGUCGUUUUAACCUUCUCCCGGAACAGGACCAUGCCGAGCAGUCAACGCGUGUAUUUGGGCAACUUGCCGGAUUCGGCCCGUGAACGCGAUGUGGAGAAAUUCCUCAAAGGCUAUGGCAAACUGCGCGAAGUGGCCCUCAAGAACGGUUACGGCUUCGUCGAGUUCGACGAUUACCGCGAUGCCGACGAUGCCGUCCACGAUCUCGACGGCAAGGACUUCCUAGGCGGCAGAAUCCGUGUGGAAAUGGCUCGUGAGCGUAAUCGUGGGGGUGCCCGUGGCGGCGACCGCGAUCGCUUUGGCGGCGGUCGUCGCAGCCCCCCUCGGGGUGGACGCUUCAACGAUCGUCGUGGAUUUCGUAAAGGCAACCCGCCUGGUCGGAAAACGGAGUACCGCGUUUUGGUCGAGAAUCUCUCGUCCAAGACGUCCUGGCAGGACUUGAAGGAUUAUUUCCGUCCCUGUGGCGAGAUCACCUACACCAACGCCCACAAGCCGAGAGUUGGAGAAGGUAUUGUCGAAUUUGGGGAUCGCAAGGGCAUGGAAAACGCCUUGGAUCGUUUGGAUGGAACCGAUUUGGAUGGAAGACGCCUUCGUCUGAGCCAAGAGAAGCGGAAGGAUCGUUCUCGUUCCAGAUCCGACUCUCGAUCUAGGAGCCGCAGCCGUUCCCGAUCUCGCUCCCGGUCCAGGUCUCGCUCUCGCUCCCGUACCCCGGCUUCAAGGAGUCGCUCUCGAUCCCGGAGCCCAAAUGGUAACGCUCGAUCACGAUCUAGAAGCCGCUCUGAGAGCCGACCCAAGGAUGAUUAAUCCUCAACUACACAAACAUGUACUCCCAAGUACCGUUCAAGUAUCCAAAAUCGUGUCAUUUCAUGUUUUUUCGGCAAACAGAAUAAAGUUUCAUUCGCCUCAA